UCUCUCACACGAUCGGUGUUCUUAUAUGUCUCUCUAAUCACGUGACGAGAUAGAAAUAAUUAAUAAGAAUUCACCGUUCAAUUACUCGCCCAUUCGGAGACGAAGACUCUUCCUCUCUGGCUCUGUCUCUGUCUCUGGUAGUGGACGACCGAGAACGCUUGAUGCUCGUUGACUGGUAUUUUGCUGCUCUCCCGAGUCUCCUCCCCAGGCUCUGCAUUAUACAAAAACUCCAAGCAUUGUUCGAACUCCAAAACUAGCAGACAAAAGUUGGGGUUUUUUAAUUAAAGUAUUUUCGUUUUCUAGUGCAAAGACUUGGUUGCCCUUCUUGUGGGGGCUUGACAUGCAGCAAUGCUUUACUUUCUGUAAAUUUUUGUGCAGACCAAGCGUAUGUUAUUUUGCUUUCUAUUUCUGGGAAGGCUUCUUAACACUGAAAGAAGCUGAAUUCUGCUGGAAAUUGGACAACUUUGUGGGGAUUUCAAGGUGUUCCUCAGAGGUGAAUGGUUUGAAGAUAUGAGAUAAUUUCUCUCGAAUGGGUACCGAUGCUGCUGAAGUGGCGGAGGCAGCGAGGACACCUCAUUGCUUUAAGGUUCAUCGUUUAAUGUGCACGGAACUCCUGAGGUUGGUUGAUAGAAUCUCCAGGAUACUUCCAGAAAUAGAAGCAGCUCGACCUCGGUGCUCAACAGGAAUACAGGCUCUAUGCUUGUUAAAUCGUGGAAUGGAGAAGGCCAAGCUACUUCUUCAGCAUUGCAGCGAGUCUAGUAAACUCUACCUGGCAGUUACCGGGGAUGUGAUGGUCUCAAGAUGUCAAGGAUCAAGGAACUUGUUGGAGCAAAGUGUACGAGAAAUUCAGAACUGGGUUCCAGUGAUGUUGGUGAUGCAGCUGUCUCAAAUAGCUGAGGAUCUUAAAGGUUCAACAUUUAAACUGGACCCGUAUGAAGAAGAAGCUGGGAGGGUUGUCCGAGAAUUGCUCCAUGAUGUUCCUUCUCAGUCAGACCCAAGGGAGGAUUCUGAAAUCAAGGCUUUUCAAAUUGCAUCCUUGAGGCUCCAUAUCACAUCAUCAAAGGCAAUCUUAAUUGAGAAAAGAUCAAUUAGGAAGUUGCUAGAAAAAGUUGGUGACAGUAACCCUCAGAAAAAGCAAAUUUUGACUUAUUUCAUGUAUCUAUUGAAGAAGUAUGGAAGCUUGAUAACGGGAAAGCAAACAGAGAGUGCCUUAGAGCUGCAACAAGGAACGUUUGCUUCUGAGAAUUCUGGAAAUUGUUUUGAAUCUAAUCAAUAUGCUGAAGUUGAACCUCACGUUGGUUAUGGCGAGUCCAAGGCACAAAGUAACUUGUUCCAUGGAGCUGUACCUCCUGAGGAAUUUAUGUGCGGAAUAUCUUCCAAAAUGAUGUUCGAUCCUGUUGUCAUUGCUUCUGGUCAAACAUAUGAAAAAAUGUGGAUACAGAAGUGGUUUGAUGAGGGUCAUGAUACAUGCCCAAAAACUAAUAUGAAACUAACCAACCUGUCAUUGACUCCGAACAUUAACAUGAAGGAGUUAAUAUCAAGGUGGUGUACACAGUAUGGAGUUGUCCUUCCCGACCCAAGUAUGCAACCAGAAGUCCUCUCAUGGGAAACCUCUUCCACUUCCAUUCGUAGUUUAGGCAGUUCUAUGAAUGAUCUACACCUACAAAUGGAUUUCAGCUGUAUAUCGUUUGGGUCCUUAGAUACCAGUUACAAUUCUGAUUCAUCACGCAAUAAGAUUGAAAAUGGCUUGAGUUUGGUGCAGAACGACAAUGAUUCUCUGAAAUACCAGUAUGCUAAAAAAUGCGAGACAGGUGCUCAAUUUCUAUCUGAACUUGGUGAAGUCCAAUGGGAAUCCCAAUGCAAGGCUGUUGAAGAUGUCAAAAACCAUUUGAAAUGCAAUCCUCAAGCUUCCUAUGCUAUGUCAUCUAAGAAUUUUGUUGAACCUCUCAUCAAAUUUUUGAGGGAUGCACAUGACCUGAAUGAUGCAAAAGCGCAGAGGGAUGGGUUUAAAUUAUUACUGACCUUUGUGAGAAAAAACAGAAAUGGAAUACCUAAUCUAUGUGAAGAGGCAUAUAGUCUGCUGGCAUGUUAUCUUGAUUCAAAGGUAACAGAAGAAGUUCUUGCCAUAAUGGAAGUUGUGUCUGGCCACCAGUAUUGCAGGCCUAAGGUCUCAGAAUCUGGUGCACUUACAUCCAUUCUAAAACUCCUGGACUCCCAGAGCAAAGAUUUACAAGGACAAGCCAUUAAGAUUUUACGUAAUUUGUCCUUAGAUAAGGACAUUUGCUCAAAAAUUGUAUCUUUGCAGUGCAUACCAAAAUUGGUUUCUUUCUUUAAAGAUGACAUUCUUUCAGGAGUCUGCAUUUCUAUAUUGAAAUUUGUGUGAUACUGAAGAGGCCAGGAUUUCGAUUGCUGCAAGUAAUGGAUGCAUUGCUUCUAUUGCUGAACUCCUGGAGACAGGCAGCAGUGAGGACCAAGAACAUGCUGUUGAUAUCCUCCUUUCUUUAUGCUCUCAGCGUGAUGAAUAUUGUCAGUUGGUCAUGCACGAGGGUGUUAUCCCAUCGCUUGUCUAUUUAUCUAACAAUGGGACAGAGAGAGCAAUGACAAGCGCAUUGGAAGUGCUACGGCUCUUAAGAGAUAUCAAAUAUGUCAAUGAGCAUGAGUGCUCUGGAUCUGCCGACCUUGAUGCAUCCAGAGACCAUGUAAAUCAUUCUACUGAAAGGAAAUCACCAAAGAUUUCAGGAUUCUUUGGAAAGAAAAUAUCCAUGUUCACAAAACCCAGUUCCCUUAUACCGAAAAAGAAGAAAUGAAGCCUCUGGUGGUUUGCUUCUUACAGCGUCUCCAAAUCUCUUCGCCCGGUAAGACUCAUUGCUUCUAGGCCGGAGCGCUUUGUGGGUUUUAAAAAGUGUGGAAAAGUAUCCUCAUGUUACAGGUAAAUAUGGUAGGGAGUGACUGGUUUUCGUAAUAAUGGACUAAUUUUGAUGUAGUUUUUUUUUUUUUUUAUCAGGUUUCUAGAUUUCAGCAAAGUCGUGAGCUUUUUUCUUCAUUCAUAAUAUAUCUUCUUCCAUUUUGCAGCUGUAUACAUACUCAUUAAAAAUAUAUAAUAUGAAUGUAAUUUGAUGUGCUUCAGAAAAUUGAAUCC